GAAUCACAGAAAAACAAGACCUCUCGUGUUUCAUGGGGUCCCUGCUUCCAGGGGACGAUUGAGAUGCUUAAAACAAAGCACCCGCUAACGUGCUUUGCCGGCCUGGUGCCUGCGUGAGGCAGAGAGGCGCACAGUGACUGACGCAGAGCGCUGGAGGAAUGGGGGAUAAAAACUAUUUCUUCAAAAUAACACAGCGACGAAGAUUGCCCUCUUUUAAACGUGUUUGAGGGCGUUCACUGGCAUAGGACGUACAAAUGCUGACACGUGUAACGGAUCGAUUUCUUGCCAUCCCACUUGCGGUGCGAUAUGGCCGUCUGGAUUUUUUGGAAGGCUUUUUUUUUCUUUGGGGGGCCCUGCAGGAAUUUUGCGGCAUGGCCAGCGUCCGGGUUGAUACGCUUUGCGCAGGAGGAGGCAGGGUCAAGGGCGGGCCUGCUUAGGAUGACCAUGUGGUGCCCGGAUGACCAUGUGGGCGUUAGUCUCAGAAGUGCAGCAUGGCGUACAGCUCGGGUGCCACGAGGUGUAAAAACCAAACCCAUCCCUUUGCCUUUGCAAGCAUCGCCUUUAAAGUCGUCGUCUUACUCCGGCGCACUGGGCAAGCGGUACCGGACACCCGCCCCAGCCAAUGUCAACAGGACAUCCCUCUGUCUGUGCCCGAGGGUGGCGACGUGCAACAGCCCCUUAACCUCACGGAGCGCUUUGCCCAGCUGUCCUGGUACGAUGCCUUGGCUGGGACAUGGGUGCCGAUAGCCGUCAUCCGUCCAGGGAAAUCAAACCCACUCGACAGCUCCUUCGCUGGGCGCAUCUCCGUGUCCAACAGAUGGCUCACCAUGACGAACGCCAGCAAAGCCAUUGCAGGGCUGUAUAAGAUUGAAUCUGAGAUGAACAAAAGCAAGUGUCUGGUUUUCAUCCGUCUGAUUGUAACAGAGCCUGCGCCAACCUCAGCUCUGGCCUCCCAGGGGGCCCUGGUCAGCGGCGGGACGGCAGCAGCAGAGUCCGGAUCUCAGUCCAGCCGUAUUGCAGAGGUGGUGGUGCCAGUGGUGGGGUCAGUGGUGGUGUUGCUGGCGGUGGCACUGCUGAUAUGGCAGAAAAAUAAUAUUGCUCGCUACGUGCCCUCGUUCUGCAGCCGUCUUGGCUUCCUUGCCAGUGCUGCCCCAUCCCAGCAGGCCGGCGACGCAGGCCCCAUGCAGGAAAUGUGAAGCUGGCAGAGCUGAGGCAGAUGGAGGACGCCAGCGGUGGGGACCGGCCUGCCGCGCUGAAUAUGGAAACUUCUCGGCAGUGCUGAAAUGCUAAAUGCUGGGGGACUGGAACGGGGGAGGGAUGAGCCCCGUGUCAUGGAGUGUGGGGGAGUCAGGGGUGGCACUGUGAAUGGGGGACAAGUAUGCCCAAGGAGUACAAGGCUUUGCCCCAGAUAUCCCCUUCAGAAGACUUCCCCAGACUGCAUUAGGGAUACUGGUGUGACCUCACCUUGCAGCAGCCCCCAAAGAAGGAAUUGGGUGGACUAAAUGGACAGUGCCCCUCUCUAUCUGAAGCCUAGCAAGGGAGGUACGUGGAUCCCACUAGAAUUUAAAAUGAAAAGUAAGGGGACUUUGCUAGGGGACUUCCGCAGCUUUAGAUACAGUACCAGGCACGUAGGAGGAUUUCCACUUCUGAGCCAUGGAAGCAGAAAUUGACUUUUCCUUUCCAGACAUAGCUAAUAUUCAGAAGGGGAAUCUAGCACCUGCCUUCCAGAUUUGAUCACCUCAAAAUUCAGGAGUGCUCAAGCUCAGUUUGGGCAGCUGUUACUUCAUGUCUCCCAAAUUAAAUAUACUGAUCCACUGUAACUUGCUGUAGAAAAAGUAGGAUAAAAUUGAGCAAGAAAUGCUUCCCAGUGGUUAUUAGGACUGGAAUUGCUAUUUUCAAUAGCCAUUGCCGUUUUGUUUGUUUGUUUUAGUUUUAUUUGUUUAAAAGGAAGACAGUGAUAUUGCAUUGGCAAAUUCCCCAUAGACACAAAGAGUGGAACAAAAGAAUAAUAAAGGCACCUCAAGGUUUCCUCA